AUUGAUUUGGACCCGUAGAUCCAACAGUGCAAGGUGAAGCCCAAAUCAGCGAUGGGGUCAUGGAUUCGUACUAGUUUGAUUUUUCACUUCAGCCGGCGUUUCAUCUUGGUUAAGACCUUCGUCCUAAAGUUCUUCUCUCUCCGGCGGAAUUCUUUGCGCUGAAUUCGAGUUUUCUGCUUCCGUAUGGCUAAGGAGGUUUACACCAGGGAAGAGUUGCUUGCGCUGUUGCAGGAUCUUCAAAUUGAUUUCGCCAAGUACGAACAUCCAGCUGUAAUGACAGUUGAAGCUCAGGCAAAAUAUGUUGGAAAUUUGGGGGGUGGUAUCAGUAAGAAUCUGUUUUUGAAGGACAAAAAGAAUAGAUACUAUGUAGUUUCAGCAUUGGCACAGACCAAAGUAGACCUGAAAGUUCUAUCUGCAAGACUUGGUUUGGGGAAAGGAGGUCUGAGAAUGGCUCCCGAGGAAGCGUUGGGAGAGAAACUUAAGGUGUCGUUGGGUUGUGUUACUCCAUUUGCACUCAUCAAUAAAACCGCACGAGAUGUUGCUUUAUUGUUAGACCAAGGAUUUAAAAGCCAGGAAUUCUGCUUCUUCCACCCUUUGUCAAAUGAAACAUCAAUAUCUCUUAAUACCACCAAUCUCGACAAGUUCCUUAAAUCAAUCGGGAGAGACCCUUCAUACAUUGACUUGGAGGCUAAUCCUUCUGUAGGAAAGGAUCAACCCCCCGAUCUUGCUGGACUUGUUCCUUCUGGUUCUGCCUUUGUGCCCGAUACUCCAGAGAAAACAUCUUCAUGUCCUGGUUCUAAUGAAAAUCAAGGUGUUGCGGACAAGAAGUCUAAGGCAGCUGCAGUGAAACCAUCUUCUGCUGUGAAAGCUGGAAAGGACAAAGCCGUCCCAAAAGCACGACCAUCCUAUGCAAAUGUGGAGAAAUUUGUCGAAGAGAUUCUUGAUAAGACAUCGGCAAUAGUGCUUUCAGAGCUCACAGAGGAGACUGUUAAAAAACAUGGAGACCAGUUGGGAGAUGUGGUGUCAAACAGCAUUAAGAAACAUCUUAGCUCGGAGUUGAACAAUCUUUCUAUGAUAUUUAAGAACAAUGCAUACACAGAAGGGUUCCAUGCUGGAUCUUCCCAUAAAGUGAAGCAUGCGUGCUGAUAUUUUUGUCUGCUUGUGUUUCCAAUAGAAACUGAAGAAGAGAACUCUGACAAAAGGCCGGGUAAUGGCUCUAGUUAUGUCCAAGAAAUUUUAAAAGAUAUGGUGCAAAACUGUUGGUAGAAUUUUUCAUAACAAUUUAAGAUUUGGGUUCGCUAUAAGAUGAUCCAUCUUUAGCACCUCUGAAAUUCAUUAUUAUUUUCAUUAACGUAUCUGAUUUCAUUUGCUGGUGAUUAAGUUUCCUCACUUUGGCCUUUGUUUUGUUAAGAUAAUGACCACCAGCUCAGACUUGCUGAUGGGUCGCAUGGUUCAGGUAAUUUAUUAAAUUUUAAUGAUCAGGGUGAAUUAUGAAUUUUGGUUUCA